CUCACUUCCUGUUACAUGACGACGACGGCGUUGAUACAAAAAGAGAGAAGGAAAACAGGAAAAUACCUUUCUUGGCGAGAACAGUGGAAACUUAAUACAAAUAGACAGAUAUAUGUUAACGGGUUGCUUAUUCCGCGGCAUUAGGAACGACUCGUCGGAAGUUGGUCGGGCUGGAUAACGUGAUAAAGAUAACAAAUAUUUUGAGUUUAUUGUUCUUCGGCUGCUCCCUCCAGCUAAGCUAUUUCUGUGUUGCCCAGCGCUACUUAGCCGAGCUAGCUAACGUUAGCUAACAGUGGAUGCCAGCGCUUUUUGAGUGUUCUCAGUCCUGAAUUAGCGAAAGGGCUAGAGAGGAAAUAGCGUCGGUAAUCCGGUCAAUUUGCAGCUGGACUCAGCUAACCUCAUCUAGCUCGGUGACAUCAGUUCAGCGAGAAUGGCAACGUCGGCUCUGUACGCCUGUACGAAGUGUAACCAGCGGUACCCCUUCGAGGAGCUGUCGCAGGGCCAGCAGCUGUGCAAGGAAUGUCGCAUUGCACAUCCAAUAGUGAAGUGCACAUUCUGCAGAUCUGAGUUUCAACAGGAAAGUAAAACCAAUACAAUCUGCAAGAAGUGUGCUCAGAACGUCAAACAGUUUGGAACACCCAAACCCUGCCAGUACUGUAACAUCAUUGCAGCUUUUAUCGGGACAAAAUGUCAGCGCUGUACUAACUCAGAGAAGAAAUAUGGACCUCCACAGACCUGUGAGCAGUGCAAACAGCAAUGUGCUUUUGACCGUAAGGAGGAAGGCAGGAGAAAGGUGGACGGGAAAUUGCUCUGCUGGCUCUGUACCUUGUCUUACCGCCGUGUCCUGCAGAAGACCAAGGAGCAGAGGAAGGGCUUCGGCUCCUCCAACUCCUCCUCCCUGAAUGAGAAAGACCACCACUCCAGACCUCACCAUCAUCACCACCACCACCAACAACACAGACACAGCAGCUCUCAUCACAAACUAAGUGGGAGCUUAAGUCCAGAGCAGGAGCAGGGGCUGUGGAAUAAGAGGUAAAACUUCCCUUUUCACCUCAACUUAGACCCUCCAGAAAAACCGGAUUCUGCGAUC